AAUAAACAAGCCAUUAUCUCAUGCGAUGGUCCCAAGGAAUCAGCAGUAUCCAUUAAUUUACCAAAUAAAAAAUGCGUAACUAAACCAAAGUACACUCUUUGAUCUCAAAAAUAAUUUUAUGCAUGAAUAAAUCUCGUAUGAAAAAGAUCGCGCAAUCCAGAGUCAAAACAGUGUCGCAUCCAUGCAGACGCACCGGAGUCCAGACAGGCUUAUAAAGAACAGCAGCACGCGCAGGCGCGCACGUCGUCGGAGCUAGCUUGGCAACGACCGACCAUGGUGAUGGCUCAGGCGGAGCCGGAGGAGACCCCGAGAUCCCAGCAGAGGCCGUCGGCGGGCGGUGGCCCCGUCGCCGGCGAGCCGUCCCAGCCCGCGCCGGCGACGCCUAGGCGGCUGACGGUGUGGUGCAAGUCGCUGGUGUUCGGCGGCGACGGCUACGCGGUGUUCGACGAUGCGGACGGGCGGAUGGUGUUCCGCGUGGACAACUACGGCGUCGGCCCGGGAAGCAUGGCCCUCAUGGACCACGCCGGCCGCGUCCUCCUCACCGUCCGCCGCCGCCAACGCAAGAUGCUGAGCUUGAUGCCGGAGACAUGGGAGGUGUACAAUGGCGACGUCGACGACGACGGCCACGGUGAGCGGUGUCUCAUGAUCAGAGCCACCAAGGACGUGUGCAGCUCCAGCUGCACCGCCUCCGUGCUUGCUGUGGACGAACCAGAACGGUACCUCAUGAGAUGGUCCCGGCGGGAGGAGUGGUCGAGGAUCUACCGACGCAGCUCAACCGGCAACGAGACGCUCAUCGCCGAGGUGCGGCGGAAAAGAGGGGGGCCGGAGAAGGCGACAUUGCUGGGCAAGGACGUGCUGUCGCUCGUUGUGCAGCCAGGGAUGGACCUUGCCAUCACCAUGUCCAUGCUCAUGAUCUCCAACUCGUACCGAUGACUUGACCUGUCCAAUUCACCAGGCCAGCAAAUGUCCAUGCAUAUAGAAGCUUCUAGAACAUUCUGAAGGCUGUCGAAGAAGCACACCGGUGUAUACCUCUUGUAAAUCCCCAUAUUCUUUGGCAUUCAUUUCAUUGUUGCAUUCAUCCUGCCAGAACAGUUGCAAUGUUGUCAUAUCCUUGCAGUGUUGCUGAA